GGUAAAUCUGAGUUCAUUGGUAGAGCAUUGGCCAAUCCUGUCAUCAAAAUGGUCAGUGAUCCAUAUGACAAACCUGAUUUUCCCCCGUUACUUGAAUGGUUCAGUGUAUACAGAGGAUCUAAUGCUGCCGGAGAAUUGUUAGCAGCUUUUGAAUUGUUACAGUUACCAGCACCGGGUGAUACAAGGCAUGACCAUAACCUACCACCAGGUGUGCCAGCAAUUGAUAAAACCAGUGACAGAGGUCCUAUCAUACCUGUACCAAGAGGUAUCAGACCAAAUCUCAGUAAACACAAGAUUGAGAUACUAUUCUGGGGAGUUCGUGACAUGAAACGCUUACAGCUAACAUCAGUAGAUCGUCCAAGAGUGGACGUGGAAUGUGCCGGACGGGUAAUCACCUCAACUGUUAUUGAGAAUGCCAAAAAGAAUCCGAACUUUACACAACCUGUCAAGUAUAUAGAAGUGGAGCUGCCAGAGCGAGAGAUAUACUGCCCGCCAAUUUCUAUACGUGUUGUAGACUGUAGAACAUUUGGUCGAUUUACAUUGGUUGGAACACAUGUGAUUAACAGUAUCCAGAAAUUUAGGUACAUACCAAAAGUGAGGAAACCUGAAAGGAAGUUAUUGACAUCAAUUCCAGGACAAGGAACACCUCGGGGAUCAGUGCAAGGUUUGUCACAUCCAACUAAACCUAAUAACGUCACUCCCCCAUUGGAUUCAUCACCAGGACCACAUCAACCAUUGAUCAAGGACAACCAUGUGAUUGACAUCCCAGUUCCACACAAGGGCAAAGACACUAAAACAGACAAGGAUGCUGAUAAUAAGAAAAAGAAAAAGAAAGAAGAUGAUGAUUUUGAUGAGAGUACCCUUGAUUGGUGGUCCAAAUACUUUGCAUCUAAGGAAGCACUCAGACAGGAACAGCAGGAAAAGCUAGAACAGCAGGGAGAUGUUGGACCUGUUGAUGCCUUGGAUCUAGACAAUCAAAUACCGGAUACUCUGACAACUGUAAAUGGUAAUAUUGGUGAGGGUCAAAUGCCAAAUGGAGACUUUCAGGGCCCAACUGAUUCCUUGACUGUUAUCAAUGAAACUGGUAAUCAAGAUGGAAAAAAAUUCAAAAAUGUUGCCACAGGAGUUAAACUAGCUGUAAAAUUAUCACCCAAGCCUCAUAAAAAAGGAAAGAAAAGUAAUGCUGCUCAGAUGAAGAUUUAUCCAUGUGAAUUGGAACAAGUUCCUGAAUUCAAUGGAUUCAAAGAGUGGCUUCAUACAUUUGAGUUGUAUCGUGGUAAGAAUACAGGAGAGGGUGCAGAAGAUAAUGAAAGCAGAGUGGUUGGAAAAUUCAAGGGUUCGUUGAUGGUUUACAAGUGGCCAUUACCAGAAAACAUUGAGGAUUCUACGCCAUUUGGUGCAGAUCCCAUGUUUGGUUUCUUUUCCGGGUUACCUAGCAACGAUCCCAUUCAUGUCAUGGUUCGUGUUUACAUUGUGAAAUCUACAGAUCUUCAUCCGGCUGAUCUGAAUGGCAAAGCUGAUCCAUAUUUGAAAAUACUUCUUGGUCGUCAUAUAGUGAAUGAUAAAGAAAACUAUAUAUCUAAACAACUUAACCCUGUAUUUGGCAAAUGUUUUGAGUUUGAGUGUACAUUUCCACAAGAGUCUAUGCUAACAGUACAAGUUUUUGAUUGGGAUCUUGUGGGAGUAGACGAUCUGAUUGGUGAAACUAAGAUAGAUCUUGAGAAUAGAUAUUACAGUCGACAUAGAGCAGUGUGUGGUAUUUCAGAGGAGUAUGCAAUACAUGGCUACAAUACAUGGAGAGAUCCAAUGAAACCUACACAGAUACUAGCUAAACUAUGCAAAGAAUUUAAAGUGGAUGGCCCCCAUUACACACACUCUAAAGUACGGGUUGCUGAUCAGUCUUACACUGGUAGAACAGAUGUAGAAGAUGAAAAUGGUCACAAGAAACCAACUGAUGAACACCUGGCUUUGGAAGCUUUGAAACAUUUUGAUGAAAUUCCUAAAGUUGGAAGCAAAUUGGUACCAGAACAUGUAGAAACAAGACCACUUUAUAACCCUGCUAAACCCGGAAUUGAACAGGGAAAAGUUGAAAUGUGGGUUGAUAUAUUUCCGAUGGAUAUGCCAUGUCCCGGAGCUCCAGUUGAUAUAUCACCACGGAAACCAAAGAAAUAUGAAUUGAGAUGUAUUAUAUGGAAUACUGAUGAUGUUGUCUUAGAAGAUGAUGCUUUCUUUACGGGAGAGAAGAUGAGUGACAUCUAUGUCAAAGGGUGGCUGAAAGGAAGUCAAGAUGAUGUACAGAACACAGAUAUCCAUUACAGGUCUCUGACAGGAGAGGGGAAUUUCAACUGGAGGUUUGUUUUCCCGUUUGAGUACCUUGCUGCUGAGGAGAAGAUUGUUAUAUCUAAGAAGGAAUCAUUGUUUUCCUGGGAUGAGUCGGAAUACAAAAUUCCUCCAAGACUCAAUUUACAAGUUUGGGAUGCUGACCAUUUCUCAGCAGAUGACUUCUUAGGGGCCGUAACUCUGGAUUUAAAUAGGUUUCCGCGUGGAGCCAAGUCAGCAAAGCAGUGUUCUUUGGAUAUGUUGAAAACUGAUGGAUCAGUUCCUCAAGUUUCACUUUUUAAACUGAAGCGAAUCAAAGGAUGGUGGCCAUUUGCAGCUAAAGAUGAGAAUGGUGAUGAAGAUGAGUUGACGGGUAAAGUAGAAGCAGAACUUCAUCUGCU